AUGCUUUCGUCACCGUUGUUUCUCUCACUAGCUUCCGUUUUUUCCCUGAUCGGACUGGGACUCGUGUGCUUCGCAGUCUCCACCGACAACUGGACGGAAGUUCAGGUUGGUUUUUUUCAGUUAUUUUUUUCAGUCAUUAGUAUUAUUUUCAAUACUUCCUUAGCGCUUAAAAAACAAAUUCUAGACGAGGCUUAAAAGUCUGUUGGCUUUCCGUUUGAAAAAAGAAAAUUGCCACAUUGUUGUCGAUUUCGACAUUUUCAUACAACAAUCGUGAUUGACAGUUGUCCAUAUUUCUUCAAUCCUUCCUCAAUUCCUGUUCUGUAACUUUCAAUCAUUUUCGUCGUUUCGUCUUUAAUUGGAAUUCAACAUCUUUUUCGCCCAUUUCUUGUGUGUCCGUUUUCAUUUCGACAAACAUCCACCAAACUUUCGCUUCUCAACAAACGCGGUUACAUCAGAAAUCGGUUCACACUUCAGACAAAAACAAAAAAGAGCUCUUCUUCACUCCCCCGUCCACUUCGCCUCCCCGAUUUUUGUCCUGUUCGCAUCUGCCUCCACUAUCUAUCCAUCCCAUACUAUAUUUGUUGACAACACCGGUGCUUGAGAGGCUUCAAAAGGAAACCGGCUCAUCGGGGCCCCGCGAAAGAUAGUUGAGGAUGGAGCGGCGAGGUAUAUUGCCAUCGUGGGCAGUAAACCUUUGCGGACCCGUCCGCUCAUGCUCGCUUUCUUAUUCCCCAUUAAGGACGGCGAGGGUGAGCGAGGGCAAAGGCAUUUUGAAGAAGGACAAGGUCAGAUAUGCGCGGCCCGAAGAAAAGGAAUAGGGCAAGUAACAAUAAAAUGGCUGCUACCGCCAGGAUAUACAAGAUGUCUUUUGAGUUUUUUCCUCUGUCUUGCCGACUUGACUUUGAGAUGGCUGAACUGCAUUAAAUUGCGCCUCGCCGUAUUAGAAGGGAGAGAUGAUUCAUGCGCCGCUAAAUGAUUGAAGGGAAGAAGGACAUCGUUUAGGACCUCUUAUGUUUUACGACACUCUUAUUCCAGGUGAACCGUAGGGAGAUCAUCAACGCUUUCAAGAGGGAGCCUGAGUUGAGUUUACGUCUGCAAAAUGCGUUCGGCCACAACAUUCUCUACUUCUCCCGCAACUUUGGACUUUUCAACCUCUGCUUCCCUGAUACCGUUCCACAAGGUUUGGCAUGUUUAGCUUUUCGAAGGUCUUAUGCGCCGUCAUGCGCUAAACUUUGGCCCAUUCUUCUCCUCUUAAACGGCAAAAAAUUUGAAGAAAGUGCUAAUCUUCUUACUGGUAUUAACCUAAUGUUCCGGCCUCAGCAGAACCAAAAACAAGUGAAUGAAGUGCCUUUGUGUGACUCUUUUACUAGUUAGUUACUAGAAAACAACCAAGGUCAAAACCAAUAAAAUUGAUUGUCGACAAGGUGUCACGAAAAUGAGAAGACGCAGCGAAAAGACCAGGAAACAAUUGGGAAUUUGGAAUUUGGAAUUCGUUUCAGAUAUCGGAAGCUUCAACAAAAUGGGUUCGCCAUGCAUCUGGAGCAAUGAGUUCAUGGUCCAAGACGCAAAGAAAGAGCACUUCUCGAACAGUGAGACGUGGCGUCAUUAUGCUGCCAAGGGAACUAUUAUCGCCUAUCUCGCCGGUACGUACAAUUACCAUUGAGUAAACGAUCAUCCGUAGUGUUUCUCGCUAGAUGCAUAACAAUAAGAUGUUUGAAUAAUUUACUAGCGAUUAUACGACUCGCUUGGCUUUGAGUAGUACAUAUAUAUCAGCAUUACCUGUACAAUAGAGUACAAUAAGGUGUCACGAUCCGAGUUCUACAAAUAUUGACAUUAAUGCACAUUUGAUUUGUUCAGGUAUUGUUUUCGUCGUGUUGAGCUUUAUCGUUGGACUCAUUGGAUGCUGGAACAGAUCGAAGAGAUUCAUCAUGAUCACUGGAGUUCUUCUCAUUUUGGCCGGUAAAAGAAUAUCUGACACAUCCAGAUCGCAACCGCUCAUUUGCAGGUCUCUUCAUGUCUUUUGCCAUGGUGUUGUGGCACUACGUGGCGUACAGUGAGAGACACACUUUGGACGUUGAGCCGUACUACAAGUCUUGGGAACCAGUAAGUCUUCAAAACUCCCACCGUGAGGUUCAAUGCCCGCUUCCACAACACUUUUUUCUUACAAAACACUUGAAAUCAGCGCAAUAAUUUCCAUGUUCUCAAUCUUUUCGAAAUGACGACACAAGAAACGCGGAAAAUUACGUAGGCAUGCCAGCGAAGACACGAAGACCGUCGAGUCACUUGAGUUUUCCGAUGUUGACAAAGCAGGAUGGACUUUCUCUCUCUUGUUGCCCUCGACACUUCUAUCAAGUGCUGGGACAUUGGAAAAAGAAAGAAAGAGAGAGAGAGAGAGAGAGAGAGAGAGGGACAGUCCGGAAAAUAAUCAGCUGCUACUCUAGAAAUUCCCAGGGGACACUUUGAAAAAUAUUUUUUUUCAGGUCUUAAAAUUGACUUCCCGCCACAACUACGGAUGGUCGUACAUCAUCUCCUGGAUCGGAAUCGGCUUCACCGUCAUCGGAAGUGCCUGUAUGUUCUUCGCCUAUUCGGCAGUGAAGGUAAGGGGUACUGGCAUAUGUCAGUCUGUCGGAGGCCUUAUCUUCCGGAUAAAUAUCUUCCGUCUUCAAUGGAAUGCGUUCGGAUUCUGCCGGUGUCAAACAGUUGUCCUUGAGUGCGCGGGGAGGCGACAACAAUCCGUUUUCGCUUAUAACUGCCCGGAUUAUUACGAAUUUCAAAACAUUUGCGCGUGUUUUGCAUGAAAGGAAAACAAGUCCGAAUCCUUCACAAUCUCUAGUGCGGAAACUUUAAACUUUCAAUUUUGUAACAGGAAAUGCCAUGAAAAGUUUCGGAGAUACGGGGGAAGCACAGGGAUUAAUGACAAAUACUUGUAGGUGGUUAUCAAAGAACAUCUCUUCUCCAUUUCUUUCUCUGCUUGUUUGUUGUUUUUCACAAUUACGGUUGUAUCAUCAAUUAAGAUCAACAGAAUAGUUAGUGAACCACGCCUGACACUAGAUAUUCGUUAAUUCGUAGGAAAUUAGGUCACCAUGGCGGAAUGGGUCUUUGAAGAUGAAGGAAAACGGUUUGAACUGGGAUGAAUGGAAUAUUUUGCAGAAAGAGGAAGAGAUGGCCUUGUCAGCGAAGCAUGGUGCGUACCUCAUGCCAAACUACUAUGACAAGGGAACCAUCGUGCCAACGUACAACAACUACAACACCUAUGCCGGUACUUGACUCUUUUCCAGACUUUCUCCCAAUUGAACAAUUUCAGGAUACGGAACAUACCCAUACUACAACCAGUACAACACUGCUGGUUACUACGGAUACAUGACCUACGGACGCUAA